AUGCUCCUUUACCUCGGCGGCUGGUAUGGCAAUAAUUUAUUCUCCGACGUCAUUGGUUAUAUGCUUUGCAAUCAAUUUCCUCAUUUUCAACUGAAUGCCAGGAAUUUCAGGGCUUUUUCUAGUUCGCCUUUUCUCUUCACUCCAGCCUAUUUGCCUAGUUCAUUUGCUCAACUACCAAGGGACCAGGCUGUCUGGUGCUCGGCUGGAGUGAUGGGUUCUGAUGGUUGUCUUUAUUUGGUUGGGGGCCGUAAAGACGGUCUCCUGGCUUCAGCUCUCACGCAUGUCUACAAUCCAUCUACACGCUGCUGGACUGCAGGACCACUAUUAAAUCAGCCACGUUGCGAAUUCAGUCUUUGUCAAAUAGAGCCAAAGAUAUACGCCAUUGCUGGUCUAUACACUGCAUCUUAG